UGAACACGUUUGUAUCGCUCACCAGGAACCAGAAAGCCUCCAGCUUCCUCCUGCACUUAGUCAAAGAGAGCUAAGGGAGCAGUAUCUCGCAAAGUGCUCCACAGGUGUGGUGUCACAAUGAUUAAGAGCCAGAAGAACACAGUGAACAAAGGGGGAACCGUGUUCUACAGACCAGUCAAAAACACGGCAGAAGUCAGAUCUGGAUACCUGUUCAAGUCUCCUCCCCAAAAACUGGUGAAAACACAGAAAUGGAAGAGGCGCUAUUUUGUGCUGUUCAAAAUCGACGAGCAAGAGCACCUACUGAAGUACUUCAAGAGUCCAGAGGAAAAGGACAGUCCUCUUGGAGCGAUUGACUUAUCGCAAAUCUCGUUGUUGUAUAAGAACCCUGCAAAACACGGGAGAUGGCCCUGGGUCGAGAAGGUGCUGAAGUGCUCCGCGUCCUGUGUGUUCCUCAUCAAGGCGGCCGAGCGGGAGUACUUCCUCGCUGCUGACAACAGCGAGGAGGCGGACGGCUGGUUCGCCGACCUGUACGAAGCCCUGAAAGCACGGCCACAUCAACGCAUGAGUUCAGAGGAAAUGUUUUUUGGUCCGCCAACAGUUGAGGUUAUUUCAUACCCCAUCUUACGGAUCAAGACAUCUGCGGCUGCGCAUCCGGAGGUGGAACAGAAAACUCGGUCAAAGUCUGAUCCGUUAUCAAAUACUUUGGAGACCAACUCUAAAGAACCGAAGGCUGAAGACCACAGCAAGAGGCGAGUGUCGGAGCCUGUCUACGACUACCCGAAAACCUUCAAAACUAAAACACGAGCGGGAAAUUUGACGAUACGCAGAAAAAGCUUUGACGCAAUAUAUGAAACAAUGUCCGGAAUCAUAGCGGAGCAGGCAGCGUGUGAAAGUGACUGUGAAAGCGAGGAUUGUGAAGUUAAAGCGGGAAGCCUGAUGAGGUCUGUUACUAAUGCAUUCGAAAAGAUGAGGACACCAGUCCCCCCACUGCCUUCAUUCAAUGAGGAAACAGCUGAUGAGGACAGAAAAGAAAGGCGCUCGACGUCCGACUUCAGCAGCAGCUCCAGUGACAAUGGCGCCGUCUCUCCUGCGGAGAUGCUGGAGGAUCUAAAUAGGAAGGAAAGGGUGAGAUCUGCUGAGAGGGAGAAAGAUUUUCGCCACAGGAUUGCAGAUUUGAAAACACAACUUACAGAAGUGGAGCGGAACACAAGAAAAGAAAGGCGUCUGACACCUUACUUCAGCAGCAAAUCUCUUGAGGAGAAGCUGGAAGGUCAAAAUGGGCAAACACGGGAGAGAAGUGGCUCCAUUGAAAGCAUUGACAUCACACCAAGGGAGAUAGAUUUUCAAGUCACGCUUGCAGAUUUGAAAAAAUACCUUAUACUAACAGAAGUGGAUGGGAAGCCGAGCGUGUCCGGGUGGACGUGCCAGCCACAGCCGGUGUGCCUGUUCCACAGAGAGGACCGAAUUCUGGCCAUCAACGACCUGCUCACCACCAGCCUGCAGGAAUUCAACAUGUACUUGAGCAAGUGCCUCAAAAAUGAGGUGAAACUGACGACCUUGCGUCUUCCCGGGAGCCAGCCGCUGCAUUCCCCGGACUGCCCUUGCAGUGACUAAGCAUCAGUGGAAGGCGUGUCGUGGAACAUGUUUUUAAUUUGCACAGUUGCUGUAUAUAAUAAUGAUCUUACAACUGAAGUUAAGAAGAAGCUACGGCAAAGUGAAGAACAUAUCUCUUUCCAUUGAUCUUGAGGGAUCAAGAAAGUAUCUAUCUAUAGAGAGGAUGUUAGGCAUGAUCCUAAAAGUGAUUGUUUUAAAAUGCCUUUCCUGUGCACAUAUUGUGAAUACAAAAAUUACCGCACUUAUUUUAUUUUGAGAAAUGAUUUGAAAGUAAUUAAGGGAGGAGGAAUAACGGACUGUCGUGUAGUAUUGCUUGUGAAUUACUUAUGUAGACAGAAUGGUUAUGAUCCUCAGGCUGUGAAAUAGUGACUUUAAAAAGCUGGUAUACUAUUUUUACACAAGCUUGAUGUGUUUUUAUCCUUUGUGAAUUAUAUCAAGUGAAGAAUGGCACUUCUGGAUGCAGAGAACAAAUGGAAGUUAUCUGUAAAGCCUGAAACACACCGUUCAGGUUUAUAUUUAAAUUGCAAAAUGAUCUCGGUCACGGAGGGUUCGGACGUUGUAGCGGCUUCCUCAGGAUUUUAAGUUUAAAUGUGAUUUUCAAUGUGUGCUGUAUUAAAUCAUACACGGAUAUACAGUGAAUAAAUGCAUUCUUUGAGCGUGCAGCAAUCAUCGAUUGCACUGUGACA